AGAUUUGAAUGUACCUCGUCGCUUUACUUUGCCCAGACAACAUGCAGUCAAGCUACAGAAUCUCUUACUAAUAGCCCAGCCUGAGUGCCUGUCCACACUUUUCCAUUUCUGUUUUGAGGAACAUUUAACAACAUCAAACAUUUGCUGUGAGCUCCCUUUGGAUUUUGUAUUUGUCUUUUUUUUUUUUUUUUUGGCCUCUGUGUUAUUGGUCCUGUGUGAUAUUUAUAGACCCCUCCACAUCACCAGAGCAAACCGCACCUGGCUGCUGUGAAGUGAGAGAGUGAGUUCAGAAUCAGAAUCAGAAAGAGCUGUAUUGCCAGUCUCUUCUACUGGGCUCAUCAACACAUUUUGGAGCUACUGGAGAAAUGGCACUGGUUGAGAAAAAAACAUCAACUAUGUCCGUAACUGUAACAUCAUGCUCCUGUGAAACAACCUCCUUGUCUUCAACAUCAUCUUCCUCUUCUUCAGUGCUUCAGCAGAAACACCCCCAUUUAGUACAGCCUCUCUGCAUCAGUCCGCAAAUGGUUCAGAACAAUAACCAGGGUUCAGGAAAUGUAGGAGUUUCUCCAACAUAUGUCAAGUGUCUCCAUGAUGUCAGCACACUGAAGGGUCAGUUAGUCGUUUUGGAGUGCAGGGUCAGAGGAACUCCUCCACUGCAGAUCUCCUGGUACAGAGAAGACAAGCAAAUCAUUGACUCUGCAGACUUACGCAUUCUUAGAAAGAAGGCAAGUUCAGCUUUUUUCCUGCAAUAA